AUGUCCUCCUUCUCCUCGCGCCCACUCUUCGGCGGCGCCCUCUCCGCCUCGCUGCCCGCGGCGUAUCUCGACGUGAGCGACGUGCGCCAGGUGCCCGACACGCAGGAGGUGCACGUGUCGCGCGCGGCCGACGAUGUCAGCUGCAUCGUCGAGCUGCUGCAGUGCGUGCCGGGCGAGGGCGACGAGUGCGUCAAAUUCCACUUCGACUCGCUCGCACACGACAAUUCCGCCUCUUCAUCCUCCAUCCUCUCCAUCUUCGCCCUGCCCUCCACCACGCCCUUUUCGCCCGCGCCCACGCGUGGCGGAUCGCUGCCCGCGCCCCUCUGUCUCGUCGGCGAGCAGGCGCUCGUCAAGUAUGGCCGCGCGCACGGCACGCCCGAGUGCGUGCGCGUCUGGCUGGCCGUGUAUCGCCUGGCGCCCGCGGCCAACAUCGACGUGGUGCUGAGCGUGAAUGAGCCGCUGGGCGAGACGGCGCUGCGCGGCACGCAGGGAAUGGAGGCGAGCAAGGCAAAGGAGGUGUUUGAGGAGGCGGCUAGAAGUCUGAAGAUCCAUGAUUGGGCAGUGUUCGCUGAAUGA